AUGGCCGUGGUACUCCCACAGAGCGCUGAUCUAGCAACUCUCACUUGCAAGAAAGCUGACGGAGGAUGGUUCACUGGAAAGGAGGGAUGGGUUGAACUGACUCGGAGCAACCAGGCUGGCUGUUAUGUGGUAGCUAUGGGCGACGAGGGCAAGAGAGACGCCCAUCUCUCUGGGGGUUGGUCUACUGCCCUGGAGAAACACUACUUAACCAUCUUUGAAGGCAGUGCUGUGUACCGUUCCUUUGCAGAGACUGGCAUCAGAUGCUUGGGAUUUCUUGGUCUGUCAGAGUACGGCUCAUAUGACAGGGCAAUAAAGUCAAGUGUUCCGCAACAAUUCGUUUUCGUCACCAUGCUAUCGCCACCCGACGCCGACUCUCACUUAGUCCCACAAUACAAGACAUUCUAG